UGCUCGGGUCUCCAUAGAAACAUCUCCCAGAUCAGCAAAGUCAAGUCUGUCCUGCUGGACCCAUGGAGUGAUGCAGAGGUAGAGUUCAUGGCGUCCAACGGAAACAAUGCUGCUAAAGCCAAAUAUGAACAGAAGGUGCCUGUUUUCUACUACCGUCCAACACACACAGACUGCCAGCUCCUUCGGGAACAGUGGAUCAGAGCCAAAUACGAGAGGAAGGAGUUUGUGUGUGUGGAGAGACAGGAGCCUUACUCUGCAGGGUACCGAGAGGGGUUUCUAUGGAAACGGGGCCGAGAUAACGGACAGUUCCUGAGUCGAAAAUGUAUUCUGUCAGAGCGGGAUGGUGCUCUGAAGUACUACAACAAGCAUGAUGCCAGAGAGCCCAAGGCUCUGAUGAAGAUUCACACCCUGAAUGCCUCCUUCCAGCCUGGGAAGAUCGGCCAGCCUCACGGCCUGCAGGUCACCUAUCUGAAGGACAACAGCACUAGGAACAUCUUUGUCUACCACAAGGAUGGCAAGGAAAUGGUGGACUGGUUCAACGCCAUCAGAGCAGCCAGAUUUCACUACCUACAGGUCGCUUUCCCUGGGGCCCAUCACGCUGAUUUGGUGCCAAAGCUGACACGAAACUACAUCAAGGAAGGCUACAUGGAGAAGACGGGUCCAAAGCACACAGAGGGCUUCAAGAAGAGAUGGUUCACUAUGGAUGACAGGAGACUCAUGUACUUCAAGGAUCCUCUGGAUGCCUAUGCGCGCGGUGAGGUGUUCAUUGGUAGUAAGGAGAACAGCUACAUUGUGCUCCCCGGCCUUCCCCCAUCCACCCAGGGCUACCACUGGCAGUUUGGCAUCACCAUAGUAACGCCCGACAGGAAGUUCCUGUUUACGUGCGAGACCGAGGAGGAGCAGCAGGAUUGGAUGGCUGCUUUUCAGGGUUUGGUGAAUCGACCUAUGCUGCCCCAGGAAUAUGCAGUGGAGGCCCACUUUAAGCACAAGCCCUGAGAGGAGGAGGAGAAGGAAAAAGAGGGAGGCUGGACUGGAGGCUGGACAUAUCCCCUGGAUGAAGACAGACAAAUAGGAUCCUUCUCCUCAUAAUAUGAAAAAUAUAUAUACAAUUAAAGAUAAACCAUACAGAGCAGUAAAAGAGGGGGUAGAGAGGACUACAGAGGGUGGUGUUAAUGUUCUGUUGCCAUACUCCUCUACUCUGCCUUACCCCAAAUCCUGCCCAUAUAUACUGUAAAUGAACAAAAAUAUAAACGCAACAUGCAACAAUUUUAUAGAGUUACAGAUCAUAUCAGUCAAUUGAAAUAAAUCAAUUAGGCCCCAAUCGAUGGAUUUCACGCCUGAGCAGGGGCGCAGCCAUGGGAGUCCUAGGAGGGCGUAGGCCCACCCACUUGGGAGCCCAGCCAAUCAGAAUUUGUUUUUCCCCACAAAAGUGCUUUAUUACAGACAGAAAUACUCCUCCAUUUCAUCGUCUGUAGGUGAAAAAGCCAGAUGUGGAGGUCCUGGGCUGGCGUGGUUAAACGUGGUCUGUGGUUGUGAGGCUGGUUGGACAUACUGGCAAAUUCUCUAAAACAACAUUGGAGAUGUCUUAUUUACCUUUAUUUAACUAGGCAAGUCAGUUAAGAACAAAUUCUUAUUUUCAAUGACGGCCUAGGAACAGAGGGUUAACUGCCUGUUCAGGGGCAGAACCACAGAUUUGUACCUUGUCAGCUCAAGGAUUUGAACUUGCAAUCUUUCGGUUACUAGUCCAAUGCUCUAACCACUAGGCUACCCUGCCACCCCGAUAGACAAGUUAACAUUCAGUUCACUGGCAACAGCUCUGGUGGACGUUCCUGCAGUAAGCUUGCCAAUUGCAUGGUCCCUUAAAACUUGAGACAUCUGUGCCAUUGUGUUGUGUGACAGAACUGCACCUGUGUAAUGAUCAUGCUGUUUAACAAUCUUCUUUAUAUGCCACACCUGUCAGGUGGAUGGAUUAUCUUGACAAAUGCUCACUAACAGGGAUGUAAACAAAUGUGUGCACAAAAUUGGAGAGAAAUAAGCUUUUUGUGCAAAUGGAACGCUUCUGGGAUCUUUUAUUUCAGCUUAUGAAACAUGGGACCAACACUUUACAUGCUGCAUUUAUAUUUUUGUUCAAUAUAGUUGGAAAGAGAGCCCAGAAUUAUGUUGACCUCCUUAACUCAUACGAAGUCCCACCAAGUUGACUACAUACCCUUCAAUGGUGCUGCCAGUGCUGAGUGAUUAGUGCUUUUUGAGCUCGGUUCAGUUUGGGUUAGAUAAGAAAAUAAUCCAGUAUUUUUGACAUUAAAUGCGCUAUUCAUAAUGUGGGUUGAAUACUGUAACAACACAGAAUAAAACAAAUGAAUAACAUUCC